AUGUUUUCUAAUUAUCUUGUGAGCAAAAGUGAAUCACGUCGGCCGUCGUUCUCAAAAGAGAAUUUUGUAACGAGUUCAUGCCUUGCUUCCCGUACUGUACCCCAUAUUUCUGAAGAACAGUGCAUCCAUUCUACUCCUGCUCAUGUCGCUUUUUGGGAUACUCGAGCCAGCAACAUCGUUUUCAAACUUCCUGGUGUACAUGUUUCUACACUCCCUGCUCCAGACUAUCCAGUUCACGUACCUACUCCAAACUCUUUACCUAUGAGUGAUACACCUGUUCCUGUUGACCAUGCUGACCCUGGUGCUCUUGGUGCCGUGAAUAUAACCGCGUUAAUUGUCGCCUUCACUACUGCUCUUCAUAGCUCGCAGCUACCUUCUUCUGCUGGCGCCCCAGCCCCUGCGCACGCCAAUAUCUCUCUAUCUCUAUCUGUCCAUAUAGAGCGCCCAAUUUUUAUCGUGGUACUCGUUCUUUCAACGAUAUUUAUGACUGGGUCCGUUAUGUAG